ACACACACAGAGGGGAGAGAGCGUUUGUUGCUCCCGUCAUGCUUUGCAGUAGGAAACAGGAAGAAGCGGGAGGCGGCCAGCAGCACAGCGUGGAGCAGAGUGGGAUGCAGACUGAUGGAUGAGGAGGCACCACCCGGGGAGGCAUGGCCACCGUCACCCCCGGGACACCUCCAGGCCGCUGCCUCCUCAGUGAGUCUCUUUUCUUUACCUGAACUGAAAAUCUGAAUAAAAGCCAUGCUGUGGUGUGCAGGCAGAGGAGCAGAGCUGCACACAGAUGGAUGCUGCCGGUGGAUUUAAAGGUACAGUGCAAAUGGAGAACAGCUGACCACCUCAUCACCUUCUUCUCARCUUGCUGUUCCGCUACAAGACAAUGGAUGAGGUCUCCGGGGUGGCAGAAACCCCGCUGGCAACCCCGCCUCUCUUGGAGCGGCGGGUUCACCAGCGGAAGUUAACAGUUUCGGUCCUUAAAUCCAAGCUGAGGCAGGGCAUGACGUGUUCGGGACCGAGAGUCCGAUCCACCCUGACGGGAUUCUUCCCCGUGGUGCGCUGGCUGCCAAAAUACAAGCUCAAAGAGUACAUUUGGGGUGAUAUCAUGUCUGGGCUGAUUAUAGGGAUCAUCUUGGUACCACAGGCCAUUGCCUACUGCCUGCUGGCAGGUGUGCAGCCCAUCUAUGGCUUGUUGACCUCAUUCUACGCCAACAUUAUCUACUUCCUCAUGGGGACAUCCAGACAUGUGUCUGUGGGGAUCUUCAGCCUCAUGAGCCUCAUGAUCGGACAGGUGGUGGUCAGAGAAGUGUUCCUGGCUGGUUUUGAUCUCAACGAGGACCCCACACCAUCUGGUCUUGAUCUUUUAAACGAUACCUUGAACACCAACCUCACUGAAGACCCUGUGCCCACUGUGGAGCUGAGGGGGAUGCGGUGUGGGAAGGAGUGUUACGCCAUCAGCGUCGCUGUUGCUGUUACAUUUCUGGCUGGUAUCUAUCAGAUUUUGAUGGCAGUGUUUCGGCUCGGAUUUGUCUCGGUGUACCUAUCGGGGCCCAUGCUUGAUGGUUUUGCCACCGGAGCCUCUUUCACCAUCCUGACAGUGCAGGCUAAAUACCUGCUGGGUCUGAAGAUCCCUCGCCACCAGGGCUACGGCACAGUGGUCGCCACCUGGAUCGGCAUCUUCUCCAACAUUCACAAGACCAACCUGUGUGACCUGAUCACUAGUGCUAUCUGUAUCACCAUAUUGGUGGCGGCGAAAGAGAUCCAGGACCGCUACAAGGACCGCCUAAAGAUCCCCCUACCAACAGAGCUGGUUGUGGUGGCAGGAGCUACACUGGCCAGUCACUUUGGAGAGUUUAAUGCCAACUACCACUCCAGUGUUUCUGGUCACAUCCCCACAGGGUUUAUUCCUCCUCAGGUGCCUGCUUUCAGUCUGAUGCCACGAGUGGCUCUGGACGCCAUUCCUUUGGCGGUCAUUAGUUUUGCCUUCACGGUGUCGCUGUCCGAGAUGUUUGCAAAGAAAAAUGGCUACACGGUUCGUCCGAACCAGGAGAUGCUGGCCAUCGGCUGCUGUAACGUCAUUCCUUCCUUCUUUCACUGUUUCACCACCAGCGCUGCACUGGCAAAAACCAUGGUGAAGGAUUCAACAGGAUGCAAGACCCAGUUAUCGAGUCUCAUCAGUGCCCUGGUAGUCCUCCUCGUCCUCCUCUUCUUCGCCCCUUUGUUCUCCUCACUCCAGAAAUGUGUCCUUGCUUGCAUCAUCAUUGUUAGCCUUCGGGGGGCGCUGAGGAAAUUCAAGGAUGUUCCAGCGAAGUGGCGGGACAGCCGGAGCGACGCCAUUGUUUGGCUUGUUACAAUGGCAGCCACAGCUCUGAUCAGUGUGGAGCAUGGUUUGAUCAUCGGCAUAAUCUUUUCCAUGAGCUGCAUCAUCUAUAAAACCCAGAAUCCAAAGGUUUCUCUCCUUGGCCGGGUCAGUGACACUGAUCUUUACGAGGAUCUGGAGGAGUACAAGAACCUCACGCCACCGCCUCGAAUUAAGAUCUUCCGCUUUCAGGCUCCUCUGUACUACGCCAACAAGGAAUCCUUCCUCAAAUCGCUCUACAAGGCUGUUGGUGUGGAACCUUUCCUGGAGCUGACUAACCGGAGCAAGGCAGACAAGAAAGGCAAAGACAAAUCCAAAAAGCAAGCCAAAGCAAAUGGGGAGAAAAACAACUGUAACAUUUAUAUAGGGCUGGCUCAAAGAGAGCUGGAGUUCCACACAAUAGUGUUGGACUGUUCUGCUAUUCCUUUUAUAGACUCAACGGGCAUGGCCACGUUUAAAGGGCUGGUUAAGGAGUACAAAGAGAUCGGUGUGAGCGUGAUCCUGGCUGGCUGCAACACAUCAGUUAUUGAUAUUCUGCAAAAGGGACAAUUUUUUGGGAAAGAUGACAACAACAUGAGCAACCUUCUGUUUUACACAGUUCAUGCUGCUGUUCUUCAUGCAAACCAAACAUCCACAGCAGCAGAAAGCAGGGCAGAUGACUCUACAGUGUAGAUUAACRCGAGAGGAAAAAAAAAAGACAUCCAUUUCAAUUUUUAUUCAGUUUUUUUGCUUAAAAGCGAUUUUAGGCCUUACCGAUUGUACAUUACAAUGCUCUUAAUGAUGCCUUGUACGAAAUAUGCUCCAAAAGAACAAAGGAAACAAGAUAGUCUUACAGUGUCUGUGACAUCAAAAAGUAAGUGUAAAUGUAAAACCAUUUUUGUAAAGAUAACAUUGAUAACAUAUUGAAAACAAUUCUUUACACAGCUAAGAUGAACAGAAGUUGAGAUUUUCGCAUGAGAAGUAACAGGAAGUGAUGUCAAAGGGGAAUGUCUGAAUGUGAUCAGAGCAUUGCUACAACAGCUAACACCAGAGUUUGUAGAGAAGAAUCUGAUGUUUCUUCAGGUUAUUAUGACCCCCGUACGCUGCUAACCUUGGACCUUAACCGGCCUUUUAAAACGUUGUCUUAAAGACGAAACACAACCGUGGGGAAAGAGGUUUUAUUUAACAAACAAGAAAACCUUGCUUUUUGAAAAUGGGUCAGUAAAAUGCACUUAUACUCUUGCUSUUAAGAACAACCAGCAGAAAUAUUUUAAAAAGAGGAAAAAAAAGAGAUAUUUUGGUGCUUUUGAAAUAUUGCCAGUUUUUACUGAAUAAUUCGAUGGCAGCAGGUGAUAUCUCGGAUGUAUUUGCUGCCUUGUUUUUCUUGAAUUCAUGUUUUGUCACUAGCAAAGUAAGCUCACACUGCUGUAUUUUUUGGUAAACUGUCAUUGUGUCUUUAUUCCUGCUCAAGUYAUUGUGUUUCUAACAAAACAAUUUUGUAUACAUUGAAGUCAUCUAAUGUCAUUGCAAUAAAAUGUAGAGAGGA